GAUACCUACCUACCUUUCCCUCCCCUUCCCUUCCCAUCUCCACAAGAACUUCCCCAGGUUUCCUGAAUAUAUAAUUAGACCAGAAAUUUGGGUUGCUUCGUGGAUUGUUUCGUACUUUAUUUCAUCAAUCUUUCCACACCUUCUCUUGUCUCACCUCCCACGUUUGUAUAUACGACAUGACGUCCCUUCCUUCAUCAAACACAGGUAGCAACUUUGCCAAUGCUACCAAGGUCCAACAAUUGACUUCGCAUACCUACUCUGCAAACUUUCCCGAUGACUGGUGCAUUGGAUCAGUUCCCCAUGGCGGCUUCGUAACCGGUGUCUUUCUCAAAGUCUCUGCCCUCCAUUUUCGCACCACCUUGUCAGCCCAAAACCAACCAAACCCCAUCACGCUCCAUCUAGAGUUUUUGCGGCGCACUGAAGCUGGUCCUGCCCUCUUUACCGUCCAGGAUACCAAACUUGGGAGGCAGACAUCUGUUCUCCAUGUGACCCUAUCACAAGGUGACCGCGUUGAAGUAGUCGGUUAUAUCACGCACUCUAAUACCAUGACGGAAGAAGGCGUUUCUUCUCCUCACACUCAUGUUCUUCAUCCAGCCCCCCUUCCUGCCUCUCUCUCCCUCCUGAAAACUGGCAACGACCCCAACUAUUACCUCGAAGGCAUGCCCUUCCCCAACUUCCGUAAAGCUAGCACAAAAGCCCACACUUACUUUCCUCGCACCCAACCUUCUCCCAUCAUCUCAGACGAAUGGAUCCGACUAUCCACUGGCGAAUUUUGGACUGACGAAAGUCUCGGCUACGCUUGUGACAUGUUUUCGCUCCCCACCGGAUUCCUCCCAGAAACCACUGCCCCCUCCGAAUCUAAACCCGCCAUUCCUGGCGCAAAGUACUGGUUCCCAACUCUAUGUUUAAGCAUAGAUUUCAAGAAGUCCCUCCCAUCAGAUGGCGUUGAAUGGCUCUUCAUUCGAGUUGAACGAAAGCAGACCCGAAAUGGGCGCAUGGAUAUAGAGUUGACGGCUUGGGAUGAGGGAGGAGACUUGGUCGCUAUCAGUCAUCAUGUUGCGCUAGUUGUUGGGAGUGAGAGGAACACGUCGGCGAGAACUUCGAGUAAGAUGUGAAACGUAGAAUUCGAGUAUGAAUUUUAGAUUUGUGGGAUUGGGCAUAGAGUGGAGGUAUUUGUUAUAUAUAUUGCACACGGGCUCUUCAACCUAGACUUAGGAGUCAUGAUAGAAAUAGUGAAUCACUUGUUGGAAACA